UGUGAUUGCAGAAAGAGGCGGGGCCUGAAGGGUCGGAAGUUAAGCAGCAGGCUGCUGUUGGUUUUCUACCAGAUCGAGAUUUAAAUCGCCACCUUCCUUUGUUUUAAAAAAAACAAAAUGUCAUCCGAGGAAUUCGAGAAGAUGCACGAAGCCUUUGGCAGCGUUUUGGAGGAACUGAAGUGUCAGUGCGACCGUGUGUCCAACUGUUCAGGAGAACAGAAGAAAAGAUUCAUACGUGAAAUUGAUGAAAAAGUUGAUGAAGCAAAUGAAGUUCUGGAUGGAAUGGAAAAGGAACUAAGGAAAGCACCACUCUCAUUCCGUAGUCAGAUGAAUACAAAAAUUCGUUCCUACAGAAAAGAUGUAAGCAAGCUACAGCAGGAUGUUAGAAGCAAUGAUAUUGGACAUGGAUUUCGUAGUGACGUUAAGUACACAGAGUACAGUGCUGAAAAUGAACAAAGUAAUUACUUAGGAGCUCAGCGUGCUUUGCUUUUGCAAGGUACAGACAGUCUGAACAGAGCAACUCAAAGUAUAGACCGUUCUCAUAGAAUAGCAGCAGAGACUGAUCAGAUAGGUUCGGAUAUAAUUGAGGAACUUGGUGGGCAAAGAGAGCAGCUGGAACGCUCGAAAGACAGGGGUUAUGACAAACAAGUUGCUACUGGCUGUUAUCAUCCUUCUGGAAGUGGUAAUUCUAGCAGCUGUUGUAUAUAUCAAGUUCUUCAGCAAACAACAUUAACCCAAAGAUACUUAUGCAAUUUCAGUAUAUGGGACACCUGCUUUAGUGCUUCCCCUAAAGCUCUCAAGUUUCUGACUCUACAAGAAAGUGUUAAGAUGGAGGAUGUAUUGAAGUACUUUUAUGGAAUCAUUUCCAUUCAUCACAUGCUCAACCUGGUUAUAGGAUCUCUUUUGUAGUCUGAUGGGUCUUCAGCUGACACUGCAUCUUUGAGCAAGAUGAAAGAACUUAACUUGUUAAAGAGACUGAUCAAAUGCAACUUAAACUUUGUUGCUAAUUACUACAUUGUAGUAAUGUGCACAAAACUUUUAAUAAAGUCAUUUGAUAUUUAACAAAUGU